AUGGUUGAUUCAAUUAGUCGCAUUGCAAGUGCCCUAGAAUCUGCAAAGGAUAUCACAAUGGAGGCUGCUGCAGUGGCCUCAUCAAAGUUUGGUGAGUCCUAUUAUGCUCAGUAUUCGAAGAAUAUUACUCCUGAACAAUUGAGGAUGUUGUUGAAUUCCAGGUACACUACUGAAGUCAAGGAUGGUAUGAAAAGAAUUAUAUCAUUGAUGGCUUCAGGUGAUAAUUCAAUUGAUCCUGAGGCUUAUUUUGCAGAUGUAGUCAAGAAUAUAGUCUCUGAAGAUUAUAAAGUUAAGAGUAUGGUUUGUGUGUAUUUGUUGAAAUUUGCUGAACGAGAACCAAGUCUAGCGUUACUACCUGUUAAUUCUAUUCAAAAACUUGUUACAGAUAUUGAUCCAAAAGUUAGAAGCUUGUCAAUUAAAGCUUUGUCAGACAUUAAGAUCCCAUCUUUAUAUCCUAUCCUGUUGCAUACUUUGAAGAAGCUAAUUUCUGAUUCCUCCCCAAUUGUCAGAAAUGAAGUCUGUUUUGCAUUAUUGAAAUUGUACAGGGAGAAACCUGUUGAAAUCGAAGAGGAGGUGUUAAUAUUACUGAAGGACCUUCUUUCUGAUUCAGACCCUCAAGUUCUUUCAGGAGCAAUUUUACUUUUCAACGAGUGCUUCCCUGAUAGAUUGGAAUUAUUGCAUCGCCAUUAUAGAUACUUCUGUGAAAUGUUAAGAUAUUUAGAUCCCUGGUCUCAAGCAAUAUUGAUCAGAAUAAUUAUAAGAUACAGUAAGGAAUUCCUUCCACAGCCAGUUUGUGUUGACUUGUCUACUUCAGGUGGAAGUGAAAUGCCAUUAUCACAAUUUUUUAGCGGUAAACAUUACCCAUCAAAUUAUAAAACUCUGUAUCAUCCAGACUUAGAACUGUUCUUUGAUAAUAUGAAGUAUUUAAUAUUUAGCUCUAGUCCAGCUGUUAUAUCUGAGUGCGUCAAUUCCUAUUAUCAAUUAUCUACUCCAAGAGAAUUACAAAAUACGGGUAUGUUAAAAAAGUUAGUGAAUGUUGCCACUUCUUCAACUAAUUUUGGUGUCAAGUGUUCUCUUUUUGAGCAAAUAGUAUCGUUGGCAAUUUGCGAUCCAUCGUUGUUUUCAGUGUUGAUCACCAAGUUUUAUUUGUUACCUUCUGAUCAAGAAUUAAUUGCAAUCAUGAAACUAAAGACACUUUCAAUUAUUUGUGCUUUUAAUACUCAAGAAAUAGUCAGUGAAAUGAAAUACCAAAUUGCUUAUAAUCCAAACCCAAACGUGGUUACAGUUGCUUGUGAUGUAUUAGUACAAUGCUGUGCUUAUACUACAGCUAGAGAAUCGCGUAUAUUAGAAUGGUUAAUCAAACAUAUGGAAUCAAAAAAGCUACAAAGAGAAGUGUUAGAUUCAAUCAUUAAUAUAAUUCGUAAAUUAGUUCAAAAAAAUCCUCAAAAGCAUUUGAGAGCCACAAUUAAAUUGGCUAAUAUUUUAAGAACUCAACCAACAUUAGCUGAUAACGCUCGUGCAGGAAUUGUUUGGCUAUUUGGUGAGUUAGCUUCAAUAGAAUUUAGGAUCUGUCCUGAUAUUCUGUUACAGUUGAUACCUAGAUUUUCUAAAGAAGGUCCUGAAACUCGUUUACAAACUCUGUUGUUGUCAGCUAAGCUUGCUACAUAUGAAAUUGAUGGAAUAAAUGAACUACCAACAGAUGCAAUUGAAGAUGCAAUUCAAAAUUCUAGAAUUAUGAAAAUGUAUGAUACUGUAAUUUAUCUAUCUAAAUUUGAUGAUGAAUUUGAUAUUAGAGAUAGAGCAAGAUUUAUUUCAUCAAUUUUUGAAACACGUAAAUAUGAAAUUGCAAAAUUACUAUUCCAAGCACCAAAACCGACAGUUCAGCAUGCAUUACAGAAUCAGUCAGAUUGUAAAAGGUCACUGUCGCAGGAUGAGGCCGUAUUAAAUGUAGUAAAAGAUUCACAAUUCCAGACGAGAGAUAUAUUACCAUGGAAUGAAAACGUCAAGGAUACGAAUGCAUUAAGAGAACCCGCUCAAUUGAAAGAUUACUCUAGAUAUCAAAAAAGCUUUUCUUCUACAUCUUACAGUUCUGGUAGAAUGUCAUCAAAAGGUGAAGAAUCGACAACCUACAAGGUUCCAAAAUCACCAGGAACUCCGAAAGGAUCAUUUACUUCGAACCAAGGUAAGAAAUACAAGUUGCAAAGCUUGGAUGAAUUCUUCUCUGAUAUUCCAACAAGGACUGUAAAGCCAAAGAGAAAAAUUGUCAUUCAAGAGGAAUCAAGUAGUGAAGAAACAUCUGAUUCAGAACAAGAAGCAUCAGAAAAUGAAGGAAGUGAUGAAUCAUCUUCAUCUACCUCUACUUCGUGUACAGAAUCGUCUCUCAACGCUACAACCAAUAACGAAUAA